GGAAUGUCAGUGACAGUCGAAGUGCGAAAAAAACUAUUUUCAGUGUGAUUUUUCCCGUUGUGAAAAGUGACAAAAUACCUGGUAAAUGUGCACAAUUCUCCAGGAAAAAUUUGAUUUGUCGUCAAAGGCCGGAGAGUGGGAGGCUCAGUAAUGGAGACGUCGAGAAAAUAUCAAGUCAGUCCGUAUGAUCCCAACUUCAGUUCAGCGGCUCGGUAUACCCCACCGUACACCACGGCUGCUUCCACAGCUUCUGGCUACAGUAACAUCAUUUUUGUUACUCAGACACCAGAAACUCCGGAUUCUGGGAAUCUUUUGGGGGUUAUUGGGAAUGAGCAGAGACUAAUUGAUCCUGCUCAGACUUACAUUCUAUCCUCAACAAAUACCCGAGUGCUCAACACUUAUGUGCGGAGUGUCAAUGAUCCUGCCCAGGAAGCCAACCACUAUCCCAAUCCUGGACAAAUUGAAGCAGCCCCUGCCACAGAACCCUAUCACAUACCCAAUUCAUGCGGAGGGGAGACUUACAUUGACAGUAAGCCCCAAAUUAUCCUGCACAGAGACAAUGCCGGAAGGUUCUAUCAGGAAGUGCCCAAUGGGAUGUUGCAGUCUCAUGAUCAGGCUUCUGGGAGUGUUGUGGAAUUGGUUCCCGGAUUGCAGGAUAUGGCUCAGGAUCCGAUGAAUAACUAUGAGCAGCAGUACAAUGGCUACGAUGCGUCUGGAUGUCUGGUUGAUCAGAAUGAUGGGAUGAUGGUGGUAAAUAAUGAAGCAGAGAGAAUUGAGCUCCUGGUUAACAAUGAGCUGUCAGAGUUUGGAUACAAGAACCAGAACACCAACAUGAUGGUCAAUCAGUCAGGAAGCAACUAUUCGAUGGUGGAACAGCCUGGAAUUCUCCAUCAGCAGCAGAAUCACGUGGAAAAUGAGCAUCCUCAGGAGAGGCUUUUUCUUCACAGCAGCAUGUCACCUCUCUUGGCUGCUGUUAAUGACAUCACAAGUCGCGAGGAACCACAUUUGCUGCCGGAUUUUUUGCUGCAGCAACAUCAAAUGUCCGGUAGUUCGGAAAAUGUGAAGACUAGCGAUCAGGAGACAUCAUACGACAGCAAUCCAAAUGGAUCAGAUUCUGUAUCGAUGGAUAUUGAUUUGAAUGAUGGGAAGAUUUUGUUGGAUUUUGCCAAUAGUCAAGAAAGAGAUUUAUCGUAUAAGAAUAAUCUCAAAAUUGUCAAUGUUUCUUCCCUCUCCGAUGAAUAUGUCGAUAUCAAUGAUGUGAAGAGCAUCAAUGAGAAAUAUUGUGUAUUUUCCGAAGGCUUCCCGCAGAAAUCUUCAGUGCGGAAGUCUCAGAGGAAGAUUCAAAAAGAUGGAUGCUUGAUGGUUGCUGAUAAACAUGUACCAUGUCGAGCUUGGGCCAGUUUGCCUACGUCUUAUUUGUAUAUUGGAAAGUCUCCGAAGUAUCCUUCUGAAUACACAGUCUUUUCCAAGAAGGACAUACCACUGCGUACGAAAUUUGGCCCCUUCGAGGGUGACCUUCGUGAGGUUGGCGAGGAGGAAGUUCGUCAUCUCAAGGCUGAGCCUCCGCAGCACUAUCCCCUGCUUCUGAUUGAUGGAAAGAUGAUACUAGAGACGGCUAAUGAGAAUACGUCUAAUUGGAUGCGUUUUGUGCGUAUUGCUGAAGAUUUCAAGCAACAGAAUCUUCUACUUUUUGAAUCCGAGGGCAAAUUGUUUUUCAAGAGUUGCAAAUUUAUUCGACCUAAGCAAGAAUUAAGAGUUGGCUAUAGUCGUGAGUAUGCUGACAAAUAUGGGCUGCGUCAGAUAGUUCCUGACGAACGAGAUCACGUUGAAAUGAAUCAUGUUGAAAAUUCUUGGCCAUGUUUUGAGUGUGAUGAGAAAUUUGGCAAUUCGGAAGCCCUUCAGGAUCAUCUAAAUCAACACGAUGAUGAUGAUGAGAUGUAUGGGGAGAAAAAGAAUGUGCAGAGGAAGAAGAAGAGACCACUUGGUGGUGGUGGGGGAAAUAAAGUAGCUUGCCCGGUGUGUCUUAAGCUCUUUCCGAGAUCUUCAAUGCGUUUGAGGCAACAUAUGCAGACCCAUUCGGGACAUCCGUUGGCUGAGAAGAGUCUCAGUGAUUGUGGGAAUAACAAAAUUGAGCGCAAUAGGAGAAUUGAUGGGGUCAAGGAGGGAUUAAAAUUGGAUUCUACGAGGAAGUUUCUCAAUAACAAAGAGAAUAAGGAUACUUUUCACAAGUUCAAAUGUACUUCCUGCCCAAAAUCCUUUCCAACAGCUGAACGUUUAGCACGUCAUAAUUUAGUUCAUGCUGCCAAUGAGUCGAGACCAUUGAGGUGUCCUCACUGUCCCAAGCGCUUUGUUACUUCUUCGGCUCUUGCUGUUCACGUAAAGAUGCAUCUCAAUCCGAGGCGUCUGAUUGUUUGUCCCAUGUGUACAGAAGCCUUUAAGCAUGGCUUGGUCUUUAAGUUGCAUGUGAGAUCUCAUGCAGAAAAUGGUAUUUACACGUGCAAAUUUUGUCAGAAGAAAUUUAAGGAAUACAAAAUCAUCCGGAAACAUAUACGAACUUUCCAUUCAGCCACAAAACACCCGUGUCAGCAAUGUGGAAAACAAUUUCCUACUCUAAGUAAGUUGCAGAUGCAUCUGCUAAGGCAUUCAGAUCACAGGGAAUUCUUGUGUUCAGAAUGUGGGAAGCAGUUCAAGCGGAAGGACAAAUUGAGGGAACAUAUGAAGAGAUCCCAUUCUGAUGAAGCAAAAGCCAAGAAAGAGAAGCUUCUACAGCAAAAUUCGCCAGAAAUUGAUCCACCAGCAGAUACCCAGAGCUACAAGGAAGAACAACUGGAUGGGGAAGUUAUCAGUAAGAAUCCAGAAGAGUCACCUAAGAAAAAGUUCUCACCAAAAGUUUCGCCAAAUGACUAUCAGCGCUUCAUUUACAAGUGCCACGAUUGUUUAGUCGGCUUCAAGAGACGCGGCAUGCUAGUCAAUCAUCUGGCUAAGAGGCAUCCAAUGGUACCCAUAGAUUCAGUUCCUGAACUCAAUUUGCCCAUUCUCAAGGAUCAGAAAUUCUACUAUUGUCAGUAUUGUGAGAAAGUGUACAAGAGCAAUUCCAAGAGGAAGGCUCAUAUCCUGAAGAAUCAUCCGGGACUUGAGUUGCCCAUGUCGAGCCGACUGAAGGGAAAUUGUCCAGAUGUUGGUGGCUUCUCCAAUUUGACAUACUCUCAAACUGUUGGAAGCAUCACGACACAUCCGCAGGGCUGUGCUUGGUGUCAUAAGCAAUAUGCCUCAAAGGCCAAAUUGCUGCAGCAUCAACGCAAAAAGCAUCCUGAGCACAUAAAAGAAAUCGAGUUGUCUGCCCAUUCUUCAUCAAUUGUCAUCCACAAGAAUGAUCAGCAAGUGUCCUUUGACAGUCCCACCGGUUUUGAGAAUAACAAUUCGCAGUUUGAUGAUCAACUGGUGGGAGUGUCAGACACUGUGGACUAUGAGAAUUAUUCACCGGAGGAAGGGAACUACCUUGCAGCUUCGGAAGAGAGUAAGUUGAUUAAAAUUUGUCCAUAUGAUCCCGAUGUGGCUGAGCAGAAGAAUGUGGGGAAUUUGUCGAAGAUUGAUGUUAGUUUAAAGGUUGUUGGGGGUGAAUUUGUGGGAGAUGGAUCAUCUGCUGGCUCAGCAGGUGAUUCCAAUGGUGAUCUAUCGAGAUUGCCAGAAUUAUUUGAGGAAAUUGAGUAUAUGCACAUGAAGCCGGUAAUUCUUGGGACGGAGAUUGAGCAAAUGCCAGGAAUGAAUGGGAGGCAUAAAUUGAAUUCAACGAGUGGAUACUCUCAGAGUGCCGGCUGAGAGUGAAUUUCGUGAAGGGAAUUUUGUGAAUAUUUGUGGCAUUCAAUCUCACAGCAUGCAAAUCUAGUCAAGGGAUUGAUUUGAUGAAAAGUCCAAAAGGAUAUUGCAUUGAAUUUUGCCUCUCUCUCGAGAGAGAGAGGAUUGGUCACUAAAUUCUUGGGCUGAGAGACUUUGUUAGCUCGAGAAAAAUUGUCUUUUUUAGUGGCAAUUCAAUUGUUUUCCAUUUGAAAUCGCCUAUCGACGAUAUAAUGGUGAAGAAUUGUCCGAAAUUUUGCAAUUAUUUGUUGUAAAUUUUUUCACUUGGAUUGGGGAGUUCUUGGCAAAAUUUUUAUUGGAGUCCAAGACAAAAUACCUCUCCAUGAAAAUUAAAAGCAAUUUGUCCAGGUUUGUCGAUAUUUCUGUGGUGGAAAAGACAACCGAAAAAUAUUUGAAAAAAAAACUUUAUUUGGUGCGAUAGAAAAGAAGAAAUUCCUUUGAAAAAAAAAAUUGUCAGGGAAAUCACGUAAGUUAUUCGUUUUUUUUAUUGGAAAAAAAGAGGAAUUUCAUUUAUAGAAAUCCGGAUUUUUUUACUGUCCAUCGACUAAAAUGUCAUGGGCUUUGUCGAGAGUGUUUACAAAUGUCUGAAGAAGACUCUUCAAAAACCUCGUUUUUUUAUUGAAGAAACUGAGAAAAUUAAAUAGUAAACAAUUAGAGAAAUUGUGUCUCAAAAAGAAUAAAGAAAUUUGGGACAGAAAUUGAAAUAAUUUAUUUAAUGAUGUAUAUUUGCUUUUCCCUUUUAGAAAACACAAAAAAAAUCAUAUAAAAAAAGAGUUUGAGCUUUGUUAACAAAACAAAAAAAUUCUAGAACAAUUCUUACGCAACGAGAUUCCUAGGGAAAUAGUUAAAAAAAAACACAUUUCGCACGAUAAAUCAACAAAAUUUAAAAAAAAAAACAAAAAAAAUAAUUAGAAAUUUAGUGAUGAGCAUGAAACAUUUUUUAAAGUCACGUAAAAGCAAUAUUUAAAAACUAUAUUUUUCUCAUAAUGGGCCUGAUUCUCUUAAUCGAGGUUACUCUGGAAAUUGAGGUUAUGCAAGAAGUAACCUCAAAAUAGUAGAUCACCUCUAAUAGGAAAUUUUCAAAAGCUUGCAAUUUUGAAAAUAAUUCGUCAAAUAAUUUCGUCAGAUAUCUUUAAGUUUUCUGCAGAAAAUAUCUACACCUCUGCCGAAAAUCUGCCGAGAAAUCUGUAGAUAUUCCUACGAAUUUUAUUUGGGCUUGGGACAAAAUUCGUCAGAAAUUUUUGCAGAUUUUCUGACGAAUCCUGGUGCAUACUCUGACGAAUUUCUGUAGAUAUUUUGCCGAUUUUCUGUAGAUUUUUCUGCAUUCCAGACUUUCCAGACAGCUGUGUCAUAAAAGAUGGAAUAUUUUUCACUGAAAUUUAUUGCAAAAAUCAAUAGAGUGAUUCUCUUGGUGAUUUCACAGUGUUUAUAUAAAAUAAAGAAUUCUGCGACGCCGUGUUCUAAGUAGAGAAUAGUGAAGUGAAAACUUUAAACAGAGUGUCGACUUAAAUUUCGUGUUUUUGUAUCAUUUCAUGGGCGGUUUUUAAGAAAUUAGUAUUUUUGCUUGUAUCUUUUUACUCAUCUAGAAUGUUUAAUCGGUAAUGCUUGUUAAGCAGAGCAUACCAUUUUCUUUAUAACUUCUACAGUUUCUUCAUAAAUCAACAAUAUUUUUGUGAAGUAAUGGAGGUUAUGCAGAUUUUUUAGGGAGAAAUUCUGCAGAGAAUCUGCAGAUUUUCGGAAGAAUUUCUGCCGAAAAUCUACAGAUAUUCUACGCAGAAAUUCUGCCGAAAAUCUAAAGAUUUUCUCUUAAUGUACUAGAAUAUACCGUUAAAAUUUAGAAAACCUUCGAGUAAAAUCGGCAGGUAGAGCAAUGAUUUAACGGGAAUCUUAAAGGAAUGUGACAGUUGGUAAAUAUCGAUUCAUUUAAACUUUUCAAAGUCGACAGUGGAUUCUAUCAAAAAUAAUAAGUUAUCAUGAUAUCACCCUUGACUUUGGUGUUAUGCCCUAGACACACUUGCGACUUAAGCGAAGAAACGACUUAGUGGAAAAUUAUGGAAAUAUGGUUUAACCAUUAUUUUGAAUAUAAUUACGCUAAGCCGUCUCUCGGCUAAUCCUCAUGUCUCUCAAGGCCCUUAGGGUUAGAAUAAGAGCAUAAUAGGAUUUUGCAACUUAAUCUUUCGUCUUUUAACAAUAAAUUUGGUUACUUGAACAAAAUAUUUCCAGAUUUAAUUAGAGAUUUACGACGUUUUAUUAGGUUAGAUCUAACAUAACCUCAAAUUCCAAAAUGAAGAGAAUAAAGGCCCAUUUACUUCUUUUUUUCUUCCUAUUUUACAAGCAGACAAAAAGAACCAAGUGAAACCAUAAGUGUUUUAUUUAAUAUUUUUAAUCCAACAAAAUAUAAAAUUGUGGAGUUUUAAUAAAAAAAAAUAUAUUGUUGCAAUAAAAAUAUUGUAGAUUGUGAUAUAAAAAAAAGGAGAUGGGAUCGAAUUGAAGGGAGUAUGAUGUUUGGUCCCUUUUUUUGUAAGAUGAUCAGUUUUAGAAAAUGCGCAAAAGAAGUCGGCAAAUACUUAACAUAUUUGAUGAAAAUUAUGUCUCCAAUAAAUAUAUAUCUAUAACUUGUCCUCUAGUGCCUCUAAAAAAAAAUUGUAUUUUUAAACAAAAGUAAAAGAAAAAUUAAAUUAAUUUAAUAAUCAAUAUUUAAUAGAAAAGAAAAAGAAUUUUGUGUAUUUUAGAAGAAGAAAAAUGAUGCAUAAGGAAAAGGUAAUAUUUGAUCGUAAUGGACAUUGUCUAACGGUUUGAAGAAGCACCCAAGAAAAGAGAGAUAAAUUCGCUUAAACAAUGUGUUUGAUUAAAUCUUAUAAAAGAGUCCAAAGACACACAGACACACUUUAUAGGCAGGUGAAGAGGUGAAUAUGUAGUUAAUGCCAGGAGAAGAGAAAUGAUUGUAGAGAGAUAAUAAAAUAUAUAGCAAUAA